GACGUGAAAGCAAAAGAUGAAGUUAGAUGGUUUGUGAGCGAAUCGCAGAUCUAGCCGCUGUAAAAAUGCCUGUGCUGUCGAAAAAACAGUUAGAUGGCUGUAGAAAACUUUUGACACUGCUUCCAGAGGCCGACUUGUUGGCACUGAACGAUACAGUGACCAACCGGUUAAUUUCUGUAAAGAGUGCCCGAGAGGCAAUCGAAGCUAUCAUAUCCUACUCUCAGAGUGCAGAAGAGCUUCUGAAAAGGAAGAAGGUGCACCGGGAUGUUAUAUUUAAGUACCUGGCUGCAGAACGAGUUAUUAUAUCUUCCAGCAGUGACAAACAUCAGCUGGUACAGAAGACACUGGAAUUGUGGUCAUCUGACGGCGAGGUUUCUAAAUCACAAGACACAGUGAGUGUGGCCAGUGCACGGUGCAUAAAGCAGAAUGCAGAUGGCCUGGGAGAAUUGACAGCUUUAGGGAAACAGUUUUGUCACUGGUUCUUCCAGCUUUUGAACUCUCAGAACCCGCAGGCCUCUCAGCCAGUGCAGGACUGGGGACCUCAGCACUUCUGGGGGGAUGCCAGAAUGGUGCUUUGCUUUCAAACCGAAGUUCGGCAGAACGAGGAGUUCCUUGGAGCGGACCUGGUGAGUCAACGGCUUUUUGCCCUCGCCUGGGAGGAGAGGUUAAUCUUCUGCCCUAACCUGGAGCACACAGGGCUGAAGUGUGUGUCUACACCUCAUGGGUUGGUGCUGGUGGCUGUCGCUGGCACCAUCCAUCGAAAGAGCGAUUGCCUUGGAGUUUUCGAGGAAGUGUUUGGUCUGAUUCGCAAUCCUCUGGACGACAACCGUUGGAAGAUCAAAACUGUGCAGUUGAAUAUAAAGGGACAGAUUGGUAAAGAGACAUUGCCAGCAUUGACUUAUGACUCGGAAGAACUGCUUCAACGGUUUUCUUAGUAGAACUGUUUAUGUGGACAUUGUAUGCAAAAAGCACUUUAAAAACACCUGAUAUGGUGUCAUUUUUUUUUUUUUUGUUUAUUUUCACUGUAUACAGUGUGAUUUUAUGAAUUCUGUUUGUCUCUAGAUAUUCACUGAGAUGUAAGGUUGGAAUUGCCUUUGAAUCUUAUAUCUGGCUUAUAAAUUUAAGUCAUAUAGUUUAUAUAUGCAAUAUAUUUUUUAAAAGAGACUGGUGGUGGUGAAAUUAUUUUGCUUUCGGUUACUUUUCAGUGCUUGACAUUUAAAGGAGAAUUACUGGAUUAGUAUCAGUGUAUAUUUUUUUCCUCAUUCCAGUCUAUUUAAAGACUAAACCAAUCCAUUAAAAGUGAUCAGGAAUUUCAAUAAAAAUACAAUUUGUUUAA